AUGCAGAUGCAUCCACGUCCGUUGAUAGUAAUUUUACUUCUAUUCGUCGUGACGGAAAGAAGCAAUUGUGACGAUAAAGCAGAGUGGUAUUUCGGUUUACGUUCUGCCUUGAAAAAUUGUCCUUCGAUGCCAUGGAACAAUCUCAGUCAGGAUGAUUUUUUUGAUGUCUUUCGUCAAUGUAUACAACAACGGGCUCUCAACUUUUUGGAUUCCCUUCUUGUCGACGAUAUCAUACCGGUUAUCGAUGGAAUAGAUUUAAUUAGAUUUCAAGAUAAUUCCACGGCUUUACCAGAUGAAAUGGCUAAGUACGUCCUUGAUUAUCGAAACUUGAAUAGAAUGUUGAAUAGAAUGUUGAAUAGAAUGUUGAAUUGUUAAUGAUGUUUCAACGAGUACACAAAUGUUAUUAUCUUUCGUCAAAUUCAUAUUCUUUCUUUCAGAAAGGAAAAUAUGUACAAUGAGACAGAAGAUACUUCAAAUUGGACAGGAAUAGUUCUAAAUCGAUUGAC